CGCUGGGAGCGUUCGAGGCUCCGCGGCCGCUCACAUCUGGCUGGGGUUUGCUCUUUACGCGUCUGUCCUGCCUUCUUCGUCUCUUCCUUUACUUUCGAGAAACCGCGUUUCCGCUUCUGACCAAAGAGACCUUGGAGCCAAGGAGAUCAAGGUGCCGGGAAGGGGCUGUGUUGCCCGCACCCCACCCCAUCCCCCCCUCACUUUCUGCGCCUUCUUCCCGAGGACUUUUCCCUUCCUUCUUCCCCGCGCUCUCCUUCGGCGCGUCUGUUCUCCCCCCGGACCUGACGAGGAGGAGGCUGCGCCCCUGGGAGAUGCUCUAAGUGGCGCUGGGAGAGCCUGAGAGGCCGCGGGGAGGACGCGGGCGCCCCGCUCUCGGACGCCGGCUGGAGCAGGGCCCGGCGGGAAGAUGGGCUCCCGUGGACUGGGACUCGUACUGGUGUGCUGCCUGCUGCUGACCUUUGCUUGUGGCCCGGUGCUGGGCCGUAUGCCACCUGGCCAGCAGGAACAGCGGGAGCAAGAGGGGACCAGGGAGCCGCCGCUGGACCCGGCUGAGAGGACUGAAGAAAAACAUGAAAAAUACAAUCCCAAGCAGGGUGAGGAGCCCACUGCCUCCCGAUGCUUUCGCUGCUGCGACCCUGGUACCCCCGUGUACCAGGCCAUACCGGUGCCGCAGAUCAACAUCACCAUCCUGAAAGGUGAGAAGGGCGACCGAGGAGAUCGAGGCCUGCAAGGGAAAUACGGUAAACCAGGCUCCGUGGGCGCCAGGGGCCACGUGGGACCCAAAGGGCAGAAGGGGUCCAUGGGGGCCCCCGGGGACCGGUGCAAGAACCACUAUGCCGCCUUCUCGGUGGGCCGGAAGAAGCCCCUGCACAGCAACGACUACUACCAGACGGUGAUCUUCGACACGGAGUUCGUGAACCUCUACAGCCACUUCAACAUGUUCACUGGCAAGUUCUACUGCUACGUGCCCGGCAUCUACUUCUUCAGCCUCAACGUGCACACCUGGAACCAGAAGGAGACGUACCUGCACAUCAUGAAGAACGGGGAGGAGGUGGUGAUUCUGUACGCCCAGGUGAGCGACCGCAGCAUCAUGCAGAGUCAGAGCCUGAUGCUGGAGCUGCAGGAGCAGGACGAGGUGUGGGUGCGCCUCUUCAAGGGCGAGCGGGAGAAUGCCAUCUUCAGCGACGAGUUCGACACCUACAUUACCUUCAGCGGCUACCUGGUCAAGCACGCCGCAGAGCCGUAGACGCCUGCUGCACCGCCAGAGGCUAACCUCCUGUUUGCCCCGCCGCCCCCUGCUCCCCGGACCCCCAUGGUCCAGUACCAGGCUGACUCCAUCAGCCUUUCCCUCGGCCCUGCUUCCCCUGGUCCCCACGUCCCCAGCUUUGGCAUUCGACACGACACCCUUCACGGGAGUGGGAGGAUAAAAAGGCUGUGUGGUCCCAGGCCUUGCUGGCUCUGGAGAUGAUCACCGGGCAGGCGCCUGCGAGAACGGCCAGGACCUCCAGCUCCCCUCUGUGUACAUAUCCUUAGGUGACCCCGCACAGACGGCCGACGCGAUGCCUCAGGGUGUCCCAGACUAAGUUAUCUUUGCUCCCAUCGCUGGAAACAAUUAAGCAAAUUCUAAAGGUUGUGAAAGGAGCAAAGUAAACUGGGGAGGAGGGGAGGGCAUGUUAUCUUUGCCUUCCCACCAGCCACCCUGGCUCCUCGGGGAGGGCUGUUUCCCACUGAGGUUGCCAGAGAUCCUUUUUAAGAGAAGAUCUAACGUGGAUGCUGAGGCCACAGGCAAAGGGGGUCAGCUUGGGGCCCCCGGAAACCACAUCUGGCUGAAUUCUUUUAGGCCACGUAUGAACCUUCCUGGGAGACAGCUGGACUGACGUCCACGUCCUAUGGACAGCCCUCUGGCUUUACCCAAGGGUUCAGCUGAUCUUUCUGAGCCACCACCAUGAGGGGGUCCAGGCUGGGGAAGCAAAUGUCAGCUCCCCAGAGGGUCAGCCAAGCCCUGAGCCUUAAGGUCUCUGGGCUGGGAGAAGCAGCCUGCUCGUUGGAACCCAUGGGCUCCUGGCAGCAGCUGGGGACCUCAGGGCAUGCAGAUAUUUCUCUGAGGUGCAAAGCCAGUACAACCCAGGCAGAGCCGUACAUCCUGCACGGCUCUGCUCCAUUUCCCGACACCACCCUCCAGCCCUGGGCAGGGCCUCCGUGCCUGUCUCUCUGGCAUCGGCCUCUCAGACGGGUCAGCUGUGGAAGGUGCUGGAACUUUAGAUUUUGUAGCAGCUGUCAUGGUUACAUAACGUUUUCUAUAAAUCCUCCUCGCACACCGUCUCAGAGUCCUGUUUCCCGUAGGGUUCAGCUUUCAGCACCCCUCCAGUGCCCUCCCCCCGACCUAUUUGACCAGCAGCUUAAGCCAACGUGGGAAAGGCUUUCUCUGGGCCCCAGAGUAGAAGAGAGUUGGAAGGGGCUGGAAGUCUCCCCCUCUUUCUGUCUCUGGAGCUCCCACGGGGCUCAGUCCCUGAGACCAGGAGAGAAGACACGUCCCCACCACCGGGGUCAGAACCCUCUCUCAGCGUGGGUGGCUGCCUGGAAUUGGUGCUCUGGCCUGUGGCUGACUUGCCGGGCAGCCCUUCCCCACCUUGCUCUAGAGCAACGCCCAGACCCAGGGUCACUCUUACUACCUGCUUGGGCUCCUAAGCCCCUUUGGGAGCCUUCCUUCCCACCACCUGGUGACCCUUGGUCUUGACCGAUCCUUCUGCCCUCCCUGGGCCUGGCUGUGGGGUCCGGGGUCUGUACAUCCCUCUCUCUGCAGGACUUCUGCUGGUCACACUUUCAAAACUGUGUUUCCAUGGGCCUGCCAGUGAGCAGGGCACCUGCCUGCUGCUUUGUGCUGUCCCAGUGCUCUUUCAGAAAACAUUAAACUCGGAAUUGUGUGUUUCAGCAUCGUG